CAGACUGGUAGAGAGAACCGGCAGCAUUGUGACACACAGGUGCUCUGCUGGAUAGACCUGAUCGCACUGGAGACCAGAAUCAAGGACAGAGAGGCAGAAACACGGCAUUUUCAAAGCUCAAGAUUGUGGUAUUUUGUAACAAACGUGUCCUUGGAGACACUGUAGUAUCAAAUGUUGAUGUAAGGUCAGCUCUCUGUAGGAAAGCUCACAUGGGCCAUGGGAUCCCAUACUUCCAGGUCAAAACUGACACAGGUGGUUCCAUCCAGUGCAGUGGAAAGGAGGGGGAGCCAAGAAGAGGAACAAGAAAGCAACACCUCCUCACACUGGAUCAUAGAGCCCCCAGAGGAGCUGCAGGGCAGCGUGGGAAGGAGGAGGAUCACGCAGCUUCCACCCUUGAGACAGGAAGUCCCUCUGACACUCUCACCGCUUCCUACAGGUUCCGUACCUGGCUGUCACAGUAGUAAAGUGGGCCACAGCAUCAUUCAGUCCCACCCACCCCGGAGAACACAGGCCCUACAGCCAAUGAUGUCGUCCGCAGCUAGAAUUCCACCCGAGGGAACCAAUGAAAAGGACAAAGAAUGGAGAGGUGGGGCUGCCCACAGAGGGCGCUAUGGCACAGGAAGCCAUUCACAGGGAGAAGUUCUGGAGGCACAAGUGGUAUUUGGUCGACAGGUCUGCAGCCAGCGACGGGCUCACCGACGACGGGCACAGGAGCUGCGAGAGCAGCGGAAGGCUGCCAGGGUCGUGGUUACAGGCGAUGCUAACACAGGCCUGGAUGGGAGCUUAAACCGUCCAGCUCAGCUGGUCAAGAGGCAUGCUGAGAGGGACAUCUUCUGGGACGGGGAGAGCCUGGACUUCCAAUACCUUUCAGAGUCAAGUCUGGAGCCCCCUGCACAGAGAGAGGCAAAGACACAUUCUGCUGAUCUGUGGACCUUCUUUGGAGAUGAGGGCGAAGGUUCCAGAGAGCCUGGGAAAGGUAGUGCUGCCUGUUCUCUAGGUGAGGUGGUGGAUCCGCGUGAUGCUGGAGGAACAUGGAGCCCAGAGGCGAACCAGCAGGAGAACCAGCACCCCCCAAAGGAAGCCAGAGAGAAAUCUGUGCCCUGGAUGCUAGAGUGGAAGGUGAGCGAAGGCUGGGGACUGAACUCUAAGGACGUGUCUGGGAACAGGCACAGCACUGGGAUAGGGACGAGGCCAAGGCUAGAGGCUUCUACACAACAAGUGGACGAAAGUAUCUGGGCCAGAAACAGCUGCUUGCCUGCUAGGGAAAACCGGGAACUUGAGACUGGUGUGGGAGUAACUCUGAGACAGCAAGGCCGACUCAACAGGACCAGAGCAGAAGUCAUUCCGUCAUUCAAGGAUCCCUUGGACUUUGAUAUAUAACAUGAAUGAAGAACUGCAAAGGUACAUACUGUACCUGAGAGAUCACUUAAGCAUAUAAUGAGCCUGUGAUCUCCAAUCCAGCUUCUCAAUCACUGAAGUGCUUCACUUACUGUAAAGAGCUUGCAGCAGUCCAGCACUAACAGGACACUGCUUAAAACAUGCAUCUGGCACAAAAGACUGUUAUCUUGGUUAGACCUGGGUUAAUUGCAUGAGAUGUUGCAUUGUACUGAUGAAGUAAAAUCAUUAUAAUGAUGUA